GUAAGUGAUUUACAUCAAAGCAUUGGGGAAAAGUCUUCUUUAUGGUUGACAUUUGGUAAAUUCAUUAAAUAUUGUAAUAAUAUCGCAAAAAGACUUAUAUAUAUAACAAAGAUGAUGUCCAGCAAGUUAAUCGCCGUCAGAAAGUCCCUUGUGGAUAUCACCAAAAGAGGAAUUAGCACAAACCUGCCAGCCUUACAAAAAGCAGAUCCCAUUCAGCAAGCUUUCGUAGCUAAGUUGAAGGAAUACAAGCAAAAAGGAGGAUCUGGAACUAAACUUGUUGAACCCACUCCUCAAAUUCAACAUGAAUUGAAACAAGAGCUGGACAAGGUAGCUAAGCAAUAUGGAGGUGCCGAAGGGGAGGAUAUGACCAAAUUCCCAAGCUUCACCUUCCCAGAACCAAAAGUUGACCCAAUUUCGGCAACAGCUUAAGUGAUAUUAAUAAUUAAAUGUUAGUAUAAAUAAUUCUGAAAUUAAUGCCAUCAUUAUUUGAACUUCGUCUUGUUGAAUAAAUAAAUUACACCAUUGGAAGAUAA